CAUGUUAUUUAAUUUUACUUAAAAUAAAUUUCAAUUUUUGAACCAAGUUUAUCAACCAAUGAGGCCAUCUAAGAUUUCAUAGUCCCUGAACGCUUUAUAUUAUAAUCAUGUCCUGAUCCAGUAUAAAAAUCUGCAUGCUGCAAAAACAUUGAAAAUAAUUGUACUUGAUUUUCUAACUGCUAUAUAAACCGGUUGCCGGCUUUUAGAGUGUUGUUUGUAGAAACAUUAGAUAAGUGAAGAAUGAAUACUAAUGCAUACCCUGCCAGGGACACACACAUAUAGGCAACAUUUAAUGUAAUAGUACUGAUAAUUUUUAGUGAAUAUCUCGUAAAUUAAAUAAGAUCGAGUGGAAAUUAUAUGUAAAAAAGUUGUUCAAAAUGUUAAUCCCUAUAACAUAUCUAAAAAUCAUAAAAAUCGGCGAAGUAGACACACUUUUCAAUGCCACUGAAAUGUAUUGCAAAUAAAAUUAGAUAACAUUUAAUCGUACAGAAAAAUCCAGAAAGAAAUAAUAAUGGAGGAAAAACAUAAAAACGAUACAGAUUUUAAUAGUUUAAUAAUUUAAACAAUUUAAAACGAUAGGAUUUGUUUUUGCAAUAGCAAUUGUAUUGCAAAUUCACAAAAUUACUGCGAAUUAUAAGUUUUGAAAUAUCUAGAUCAUGAACUCUUGUCAUAAAUCUUCAGAAACUGCAAAAUCAAGUGGAUUAAAUCAAAAUGGCGAGCUACUUUGAAAUUCUACUCUCUAUCGCAGUGAUACUUAUUGCAUUCUACUAUUAUGCUAUAUCAAACUUUGAUUUUUGGAAGAAACGUGGCGUAGUUGGGCCAACGCCGAUACCAUUCUUUGGAAACACUAAGGAUUUAACAUUUUCUAACAUAUCAUUACGUCAUUAUAUAAAAACAGCGUACGAUCAAUAUAAAAAUGAACCAAUGAUCGGGUUUUAUUUAAUGAGGAAACCAAGUCUUAUAUUGAAUGAUCCAGAGCUUAUCAAACACGUUCUCAUUAGAGAUUUCUCAAAAUUUGCAAAUCGAGGUGGUCUUGUUUAUGAGAAGACAGAGCCACUCUCGACACAUCUCUUCAACUUAGAAGCAGAAAGAUGGCGACCAUUGAGAACGAGGAUCUCUCCCAUAUUUACAUCUGGGAAAUUGAAGGAAAUGUUCUAUCUCAUAAUUGAAUGUUCGCAACAUUUGGAAAAAUAUUUGGCGAAAGAGGUUGAAAAAGGACAGCCACUAGAAUGUCGAGAAUUAACAGCAAGAUUCACGAUUGACGUGAUUGGUAGUUGUGCUUUUGGAAUUGAAAUGAAUGCACUAGCAGACGAGAGAUGCGAAUUCCGUCAAAAGGGUAAAGAAUUCUUCGAUACAUCGUCUUUCGAAAACGUCUUUCGAACCCAAACGAAACAACUCUUCCCUAAGCUGUACGAUUUGCUUGGUUAUAUAAUACCCGAAAGGAGAUUAUCCUCAUUCUUCAUCAAAGCUGUUACAGACACCAUAAAAUACAGACAAGAGAAUGAUAUCGUUAGACCAGAUUUCAUCAAUAUGCUUAUGGAUCUUAAAGCACAUCCAGAGAAACUGAACAAUAUCGAACUGACGGACUCUUUACUGACUGCACAAGCUUUUAUAUUCUUCGCGGCGGGUUAUGAAACCUCAUCGACGACGAUUAGCAAUGCUCUUUAUGAAUUAGCUGUAAAUCAAGAUAUACAAAAUAAACUACGAGAAGAAAUAAUGGAGUACUGCUCUAAAGACAAAGGAGAGUUGAAAUACGAGACUGUAAAAGAAAUGGAAUAUUUAGAUAAAGUAUUUAAAGAAACGUUAAGAAUGUACCCACCUGGAUCAUUACUAUUUCGAAAUGCAAUAUCAGACUACACUUUUGAUGGCACUAAGGUUUCAAUACCAAAGGGUACAACAGUCUGGAUCCCAGUGUUUGCCUUGCAACGAAAUUCUGAUAUUUAUCCAAAUCCUGAUUCUUUUGAUCCGGAAAGGUUCAAUGAAGACGCUAUUGCAGCUCGACAUUCCAUGCACUAUUUACCAUUCGGUGAUGGACCAAGAAAUUGCGUUGGUGCACGUUUCGCAAUUUAUCAAACCAAAAUUGGCCUUAUCGCAAUUCUACGGAAUUACAAAGUGGACGUUUGCGAAAAGACAAGUAUUCCUUACGAAAUUGAUCCAGCUUCGAUUUUAUUAGCACCAAAAGAGGGGAUAUACUUGAAGUUCACAAAAGUACAAAGUUAAUGUAACUUAUUUGACAUACAUUAAAUUGAAAAUAUUUUUCGUAAGUCAUUACACAUUAUGGAUGUAAAAAACAAUAUAGAAGGAAUGUAUAUUUGUAGCUUAAAGUUAAGAUGUCUCUUGUAUACGAGAUGGUUAAUUUAACCUACAUGACGGAAAGGCAAAUAAAUGAAUUUUUUAAAGUUU